AAGUCUUCCCCCACCUUUAAACAAAUAAAAAUAACAAACCAGGGAGGGAUAAAAUAUUUAUUCACUCAUUAUCUGUAAACAUAAAUGUACAAUACAUUUAUUGUAUAUACAUCAAAUAUUUUUUAUAAAGAUUUCAAGCUCCCCCUGAAGAGGACCAUACCAAUUUGGAUAACUUGUAUGGUCAUUGGUAUUUUGCCCAUUCUUGAAAAUUAGACAUUGCAAACUGCUACAAUCCCAGCAGCACCAAAGUAAAAAGAUAUGGGUCAAUCUCAGCCUAAGCCUGAACCUCCAAACCCAAUUUUUAUUAAAUUAUGGAGGGAAAUAAAAUGGGGAGACAACCAGGCUGAUCUGGAAUUUGUGAAGAACUACAAACCAGAGUUUGAUGAUCAGACUCUCCGGAUUCUUCUGCUUGGACCAGAAGGUGCUGGGAAGUCCAGUUUCAUCAACUCUGUCCAGAGUGUCCUAAAGGACCGGAUUUACUCACAGGCUUUAGCAGAUAGCUACUCAGCUGCUACGAGUUUCACUAGAGAGUACAUAACCUACAAAGUGCACAAGGAGGGCAAGUCGUUCUACCCAUUUGUCUUCUGUGACAUCAUGGGUCUGAGUUAUGAACAGGGGAUCUUGGAGGAUGAUGUCAAACUGGCUUUAAGGGGACAUGUGAAGGAAGGAUACAAGUUCAAACCUGAAUCACAUUUGCCUGAGGGGGAUGAAUCCUAUGAGCAAGUUCCAAAACCCAAGCACAAGGCGCACAUUCUGGUCUACGUAUUUUCUGCAGACACAGUGGAAUGUACAGUGGAGGAAUUUAUAAAAAAGACAAGGAGGAUCAGACUGGAUGCCAGCAGUCAGAACAUUGCUCAGAUUGCUAUUCUCACAAAAAUCGAUAAACUCUGUCCUGAGAUGAAAGAAGACAUAAAGAACGUCUACAUACUUCGCAAAAUGAAAGAAACGAUGGAGAAAUUCAGUAAUGAACUGGGUAUUCCCAUGAACUGCAUCUUCCCUGUGAAGAACUACCAUGAAGAAAUCAACAUGAACGAGGACAUCAACUCCCUGAUCCUCAGCGCCCUAAAGCACAUCAUCCAACGUGGAGACGACUACUUCACAUUCCUCCACAGUCGAUACGAACCUUCAUAAAACACAUUUAGAUUAAUACAUCGUACAAACCGAUUCAAUGCUUUUCAGUUUUCCUGUAUUUACGCAACUAAUAAAAUAAGGUUAUAAAGCUGUAACCCUAGCAUUUAUAACACGCUAUUUUAUAAGCUAUGGAGAUUAUUCAUUAAACACUUUGAAUUAAUUUAAGCUCCACAAAUCAGCUUCUGUUGUAUUUCAGAGAAGUAGUUUAAUGCUUUACAAAUUAUCAUAUCGUGAAAUCUUGCGGUAUAUAUUGUACGUGUAUCCACAUUGAGACAUU